GCCGGGGCUGUGGGCGGGGUUUGCCGGCAUGUAACUGCACUUUGAGGUGACCUACACUGUGCGGAGUAAACUGCGCCCGGUAGCCAUGAGCGCUUCAUCGUUAAGUGCGUUAAGAACGCUGUUCAAAACUUACCUAGACGGGCCUGGAUUUGACCGAGUUAUGAGCAAGCUCCAGCUUGUGUCUGUAAGUCCUGGUAAAAUUGUCUGUGAGCUGAAAGUUGAUGAGGAGCACACAAAUCGUCUUGGCACCAUGCAUGGCGGCUUCACGGCUACUUUGGUCGAUACGGUUUCCACCGUUGCUUUGCUGAACACAGAGAGAGGAGCUGCAGGAGUCAGCGUGGACAUGAACAUUACGUAUAUGAAUGCUGCCAAAAUCGGAGAAUCCGUUCUCAUCACUGCACAAAUUUUGAAGCAAGGAAGAACAUUGGCGUUUGCGACUGUAGAUCUGGUUAAUAAAGAGACGGGGAAACUAAUAGCACAAGGACGGCACACAAAACAUCUGGGGUAGUUAGGGCUUUAUGCCAAGUGUAAUAUAGCUAUUAAUAAAAACAAAUUCCCUUGUU